AUGUCGUCCAUUUCUGGCCUCUCUGGUCCCUCACAGUCCAGCAUCUCGCAGUCGACCACCCCCAGCACCACUCCAAGCACCCAGUGGAAGAACAUUGUCAUCAUCGGUGCCUCUGUUGCGGGCCACACUCUCGUCAAUGCGCUCAUCCCAAGGUUACCUGCCAGCUACCGCAUCGUCCUCGUCGAGCGUAACGAUUUCACUUUCCACGCCUCUUGCGUCGUCCGUGCGCUCGUUGUCCCCGGCUUCAAUGUCACCCAGUUUGUGGCGCCGGUCACGCAGGAGACAGUCUUCCCCGCCGGUAGCCGACACCGCGUCGUAUGCCCCAACUCUGUGGUCAAGUUGAGGCGUAACCAAGUGUGGCUCGAGAAGGAGUUUGAGGGCCAGGAUGUGCUCGACUUCGAAAUGUGUAUCCUCGCCACUGGCGCCCAGUCGCCGGCACCCAUCCGCCCCAUGCCAUGCACCUCGCUCGAGGAGUGGCAGGAGGCCCUCGUCCAGUCCCAGCAGGACAUUGCGGCCGCCCAGAGCGUGCUCAUUGUUGGCGGUGGUAGUUGCGGUAUCGAGGUGGCCGGCGAGAUCACCGACAUGUACCCACACAAGAAGGUGACCAUUGUCCACUGGGACGUCGGACUGCUCCACCCGUCCGACAGUGGCGGCAACACGCGCCACACCUAUGUCCCGCCCAAGACGUCGCAAAAGCUCUCCAACGCACUCGAGUCCCAGCUCACUUCUCGCGGAGUCCGCCUCAUCCUCAAGGACCGUGUGGACCUCGAGUCAGCGAAGAAGCCCGGCCAGUGGGGUGGUCAGCCUGGCCCCCUUCCCGGCCUGUGCCAGAUCCCGCUCGUCUCUGGCCGCAUCGUCGAGGCCGACUAUGUCUUCAACCCCACUGGCAACCGCCCCAACGCGUCCCUCGUCGCCUUUGCCGACCCGGGAGCACUCACCACCAACGGCUAUGUCUCUGUCGACCCGUACUUCCGCGUUCGCCCCGGCACGCAGGAGUCUCCCCUUGGCGGCCAGUACUAUGCCAUUGGCGACGUUUCGAACACUCCCGGCUGGAAGACGGCCAUUGCGGGCAUCGCAGAGGGUGAAGCGCUCGCCGUGAUUCUCGGCGAUGUCCUCCGUGGCCAGCGCCCGCAGCCAUACCAGCGUCCCUCGCACUUGCGCAACUCGACCGUCCUCCUCGGCUCCAAGGGUGGUGCCGCGAUCAUGCGUCUCCCGAUCAUCGGCAACAUCCGCACCGACUGGGUCGUCAAGAAGAAGGACCGCGAUUUCCACGCUGGCACAAACUUCUUUGCCCGGUUCCGCGGCGCCCACCGCAUCGCUCCCACGAUUCCGGUAUCUGUGUCUACCUUGUCGCUGAAUGGACGCACCCACCUCCAAAACUCGGGCAGCAACAACCAGGUCAACGCCCACAGUCCCACGGCCGUGCGCCACGCCGUUGCUCCGCGCGUCAACUAG